CGUUAACUCUUCAAGCGGUAAACACAAUCUUUGAAAUAAUAUACGAUCGUUGGUAAAUUUAAGGUAGUGUGAUAUUUGUGAGGGGCACUUUUUUUUCUAUUUCAAUCGCGGAUUAUGAGUUAGUUUAUCGCUGUUGCACCUAUCAAUAUGAACCAAGAGGAACACAAGAAGAUUCUACAAAAUCUUACCUAUAUGAAAGGACGACUUGUGGAACUUGAUCCACUCAUAGACAAACUUAUUGAGAAGGACGUUUUCAAGUUCGAACACAGGGAACAGAUAGAAUGCCACCCGACAGCACAUCGUCAGUUCAACGAGUUCAUCAAGAUACUGAGAGCGUCUCCACACAAGGACGCGUUCGCCUGCUUCCUUGAUGCUCUUAUUGCGGACGGACAUCAGGCACUAGUCCAGAAACUCCAAAGCACGGUGCCAAGAGAGAUUGGUUUCGCCAAAACUCCCGGGAAAGUGGUUGUCCCUCCUCCUCGUCAGACAACUGCUCAGCCUAAACCAACCGCCCCUCAUACCUCUAGCAGUCUCCUUACAAGCCGACACGAGCCUUCUACCUCCAACACACCAGUGGAGCAUAGCCGAUACGAGUUUGCCGAACGCGUCAGUACUGUACCUAGUAAGGAUUCAGACUACUCGGAGACAGGAGGACUGAAGGCUAUGUUGGAGCAAUUCCAGCAGAAGCAAAACAUAAUCCUGGAUAAGAGAGCACGGGAGAUGAAAAAGGAACAGCAGGAUUUCAUACUGAAGAAUGAAGUUAUAAUGGGCACUUACCAAAAUCAAUUGCAGCAAAUUCAGAAAUUCUUCGGUCGAUGGGAAAAUGAAAAACAGGAAUUAAUGAAAACAAACAGGAAAACUUCAGAAAAGCUUCAAGAUCAAAUGGAUGCAUUUGAUGUAUUAAAAAACCAAUAUGAAGAGUUGAAGAGGCAGUAUGAUAAUUUAAAAGAUCAAUACUCGCAGCUCUCCUCCCGCCGUGCAAAGAACGAGGACAGAGGUGUUGAAGAAAGAGGAGGCGACUUGAAGCGAAGUAACGAAGACUUACGAAACAGAUGCAGCAAGCUUUCUGAGGAGAACUAUUCUUUACAGCAAGCGCUGGAGUCUGUCCAGAUGGGUCUUAAGGAGGAAAAAGAAGCCUAUCAAACUCUAGAAGACCAGAAUACUGAGAUGAAGUCUGAGGAAGAACGACUGAAGAAUAUGCUGAGGGAGAAAGACCGUGAGUGUAAAAGACUGAAGGAUAAAGUGGAGAAACAACAGGUACAGAUCAGGGGUCUGUUGCAAAAGCAGAAGGAGGUCGAGUACUUCGGUCCCCAGGUGAUGGUAGGAGAGGACAUGUAUGGUUCGGGAAACAACAAAGACUACGGAGAGGUCAAGGAGGUUAAUGCGUAUGGGUCAAAAAAGAAAACACAUCGCAAGAAGUAAAAAGGAACGCAAUGAUAUGUAUUAAUUUGGAUAUUUAGGAGUUCUUACAGUUACAUUUUCGACUUCCAUUUCGUCGUUUGGGGACUAAAAAGUAUUUACAUAUAUAACAGGAAGUUUUCAUAUUAUUGAUGCUACAUUUGUUUUCUUUAUGAACAACGUCCUUUAAAAAAGAAUGAAUUCACAAGCUAAACUAUUCAUAAAGAAAUGUAUGAACUACAAGUGAAAUGUUUCCUGUGAUGACCACCGGUAUUGUUUUUGUUUCAUUGGGCCAAACGUCCAAUUAACAGCUAAGGUCAUUUAAAGACGAGAUUAUUCAGAAAAAAGCUAAUCUGUACAGGACCUAUAGCUAUAUAACAGUUUUCUAGUUUCCCUUUGGCUUUUCGUUCGAAGUGCAUGUCGUACCCAGCUCUCCAAGGCAAACUUUUUCUUCAUAUUUUUUCUUUUGCAAUUCCUCAGGAUGAAGGGUUUUCAUUGCAGAAAACGUUGUAGACAACAACAAUAGUAUAUUUGGAUAAAGAAGAUAUUGUUUCUCGCUUUAUUAAAUUUUUAUUUUCCUUAUAUAUUGUUCAUAUAUGUUUAUCCUCAUAUUUACAAUGACAGCACUUUUGAACCCUCGCACUUUUAUGUGAAUAAUUUUCAAUCCUUAUAUCAAUUAAAGUCAAUUAUACACAUUUCAAGUUAUUGUAAAAUUAGUCCUUAUCUCUCUGUUCACCUAUGUCAUAUAAUUUUACAACAUAACCUCGAUAUCAAAUCACCUAUAACAUAUCAUAAUGGUAACCGUAAGAUACACAAGAAUGUACCUAUACAAUUGGGUAAUUGAUACGGUAUGCAAAACAUUAAUUGCACUGUACUUAUCCAAAUUGGUCUAAACUAAUGUUGAAACAAAAGGGGAGAUGCAUCAAACCCCAUAAUGAUAUUAAUUCCUAAAAUAAUAGGAGUACUGGUUAUUUUCAAACAAUACAUUAAGUAUUAUGGGUGUGUAAUAUAUCAUCUAAAAUAUAUUAACUAAUAUAUAUCAUCUAAAAUAUAUUGUCUACAAUAUAUCA